UUUAGGCUGCGACCACAACCAAUGUAAAAAUGGAGGAAUGUGUUCUCCCUUACUUGUCAACAAUCAGCACAACUUUACAUGCUUCUGCCUUGCUGGCUUCACAGGCUCUCAAUGCCAGACCGCAACCACUUUCUCAUUUGAGUCCAGAGGCUACAUGUACAUAGAGACUCAGCUUCUGGACCCAGAGGCUCCUCUCAAUGUAACAUUCAGCUUCAGGACAGCGAGACCUGUUGGCACCCUCUGGCAGCACAGAGUGGACGACCUGCUCCUCAGGAUCGAGCUGGAUGAUGGGCAUCUUUGCCUUCGCAGCCUUAAAGGUCAAGGCUCCAACAUGCUGGUUCAGGAGCUGCCGGAGAACUUGUCAGACAGUAAGUGGCACACAGUGGAAGCAUCUCUGGGUGGCGAGGUCAGCCUAAUCAAGCUGCUGUGCACAGAAGGAAGCUGCACCAGAGACUUUAGUACUGAUAUCCCGCUGCUUGAGCAAGCAUCAGCUCUCCCCGAUCCAGGAACAGUUCGUCAAGGCCUCUUCAUAGGAGUAGUCGGGAGGAACUGGGGUUUGAGCAGUGCAGAGGAUGAAUCAGAAAACCCACCUGCUUUUUUGGGUUGCUUCAGGGAUGUGUUUGUAGGUUCACAUCUGGUGUUGCCUGUUGUAGCGCCAGGAGAUUCAGACGCCCAGGCAAACAUUACUGUGGGCUGCAGCGACAAAGACAAGUGCGAAGAAAGUCCAUGUCAGAAUCGAGGGCGGUGUGUGAGCCAGGGCUGGAGGAGCUACUUGUGUGAGUGCCACAGGCCAUAUGAGGGACAAAACUGUGCAGAGGGGGGCUCAAACCAAAUUGUCCAUAACAUCACUUUUCAGCCAGAACAUGCUUUUGCUUUGCAAGGAGAGAGUAUAUCACCGCAAGGUUUGGAAACAAAGACCUGGAGAGUUACGCCAUCUUCUCACUGGACGAUGCCCCAGGUGACUCUGUGA